AUGACAUCUGAGCACUGUGGCCCCCAGAGCCCAGGGAGUGCCAUCAUGACCUUCCGCCCAACCAUGAGAGAAUUUUCUGAUUUCAGCAAGUACAUCGCCUACAUGGAGUCCCAAGGGGCACACCGAGCUGGACUGGCCAAGGUCAUCCCACCCAAGGAGUGGAGAGCCAGGCAGUCCUAUGAGGACGUCAGUGACAUCUUAAUAACCAGUCCCCUGCAGCAAGUGGUGUCUGGCCAGGCAGGUGUGUUCACUCAAUUCCAUAAGAAGAAGAAAGCCAUGACGGUGGGACAAUACCGUCACCUGGCCAACAGUAAGACAUACCAGACCCCGCCACACCUGAAUUUUGAAGAUUUGGAGAGAAAAUACUGGAAAAGUCGAUUCUUUGGGUCACCGAUUUAUGGUGCAGAUGUCAACGGCUCCCUGUUUGAUGAGAACACUCAGGAUUGGAACGUGGCACACCUGGGGAGCAUUUUGGACCUCUUGAAGCAGGAAUGUGGCAUUGUGAUUGAGGGUGUCAACACGCCCUACCUGUACUUUGGCAUGUGGAAGACCACCUUCGCGUGGCACACGGAGGACAUGGACCUGUACAGCAUCAACUACCUGCACUUUGGGCAGCCCAAGACGUGGUAUGCGGUGCCCCCCGAGCAUGGCCGACGCCUGGAGCACCUGGCCAGGCAGCUGUUCCCGGGCAGUUCCCAGGGCUGCCAGGCCUUCCUGAGGCACAAGGUGGCACUCAUCUCACCCACUGUGCUCAAGGAGAAUGGUAUCCCCUUUGGCCGCAUGACGCAGGAGGCUGGGGAGUUCAUGGUCACCUUUCCCUAUGGCUACCACGCUGGCUUCAACCAUGGCUUCAACUGUGCAGAGGCCAUCAAUUUUGCGACCCCGAGGUGGAUCGACUAUGGCAAGGUGGCUUCUCAGUGUAGCUGUGGGGAGGCCAGGGUGAGCUUCUCCAUGGACGCCUUUGUUCGGAUCCUGCAGCCUGAGCGACAUGAGCUGUGGAAACACGAGGGACGUGGAACUGUGGACUACCCAGAGGUCCCCUCGCACCCCAGUCAGGAGACAUUUACUCGGACUCAGAGGCAUCCCUGCGCGGGACCCCUCAGGUGUGUGGUAAGCAGAGCCCUCAACAGCUGCCCUUACACUAAGGUGGGCUCCGAGUCCCAGCGCCGUUCAACAUCCAAGCUUUGGGCUCCUCAAUUCACUGUGCCGCAGAGAAGAUUCUCCAAGCAAGCUUCGGGGGCCUCCCCGAUCUUCAUGGAUACUGCUGAUGCCAAAGCCCUGGACCUUUCACGACAUUCGCAGGACUACGGAAUCUUGGAUAGGAGCCCCCAAAUCUCCCUGCCACUCAAGAAGAUGGACUUGAACUCAACAGACACAGGUUCACCUCCUGCCCCUUAG